ACUAUAUGUGUUUUACUUUCAAUAAGUAGCUAAGCGUGUUGUACGAAUCCAGGCUGAAUACUAAAACAGUAUAGAGCGUUACCAGAAGUCGUCAAGUGGUUUUUACCGGAACAUUUGAUGAAGACGGGCUGGUGGUACAGAACUGGCACAAGCUCACCUCUGUCCCGAAACCAUUGGCCGGGCUUCGCUUGUGGACGGAACAGGAGCCCAGCCCAGCAGCCCGCCUCCUCUCCUCCCCCUCCACCUCUCCCUCCCUCCCUCUCUCUCACUCACUCGGCUCGCCCGCAGCAUUCGUCUUCUCGGGCAAGGUUUCACUCCAGAGAUGGCCGCGAAAGUGUGCAGAACGGUCCUCGUGUUGUCCCGUAGCGGCGGAGCGGCGGCAGCCGGCUUCCCCGCACUGGGUGUCUCUUCACAUCGACAGAGCUCCCACAUAGCACCGGAGGCGCUGUCUCUCCCACUGGCCCAUCAGUCUCCAAGGAGAACGCAUGGCCUGCGACCCAGAGCUUCCCUUUUUCCCACUUCCCCCAGUCCCAUGCCAGCCCAGGCUUGGAAAAGUAUCCCUACAUGGCAGGCCCAGAGACUGCUGUGCUCUUCUGUUGCAACGCCACCUGAAGAGGUGACUGUAAUGUAUCAGAACGGGCUCCCUGUGAUGUCGGUCUGCCUGCCUUCACGGCGGGAACGUUGCCAGUUCACCCUGAAGCCGCUCAGCGACUCCGUGGGCGUAUUCCUGCAGCAGCUGCAAGCAGAGGACCGGGGCAUCGACCGCGUCGCCAUCUACUCCAUGGACGGUGUGAGAGUAGCCUCCUCCACGGGGAUCGACAUCCUGCUGCUGGACGACUUCAAGCUGCUCAUCAACGACACCACACACGUGGUGCGGCCCCCCCGGAGAGAGCUCCUAGCGCACGAAGAGGCGGAGAGGUUGAACGACGUGAAGUUCUUAGUCCAGCAACUCUACACUACCCUACGCAUUGAGGAACAUCAGCUGACUAAAGAGCGCGAGCUGAUUGGACGACUGGAAGACUUGAAUUCACAACUCCGCCCCCUGGAAAAGAUAAAGGAGGAGCUGAGCCGGAAGGCGGAGCGCAGGACCACCUGGGUGCUGUGGGGGGGUAUGGCGUACAUGGCCACCCAGUUUGGCAUCCUGGCACGCCUCACCUGGUGGGAGUAUUCCUGGGACAUCAUGGAGCCGGUCACCUACUUCAUCACUUAUGGCACCGCUAUGGCCAUGUACGCCUACUUUGUGCUCACGCGUCAGGAAUACAUCUAUCCUGACGCCAGAGACCGGCAGUACCUACUCUUCUUCCACAAGGGAGUAAAGAGGACCCGCUUUGAUGUUGAGAAGUACAACAAGUUAAAGGACGCCAUCGCCGAGGCGGAGUUGGACCUGAAACGCUUGCGCGACCCCCUCCAGCUACAGCUUCCCAUUCAGCAGAUUGUGGCCAGCAAGGAUUGAUGGGAAGGGAUCCCUCCCUCCUCUCCCGUAUCAUUUUUUUUUUCUUUCCCUCUUUUAUUCUUUCUCACUCUCCCACUUCCCACCUCUGACAUUAUUUCAGAAUCUAGGGAAUUUUUUUCUUUCUUUUUUUUUUGAAUUCUACUUUUUAAUCUUUUGACUGGAAACAGAAUAAAAUAAACAACACAGGAAGAGGGGAGGUACCAAAAACAUAAACUGGUCAUUUUCUCAAAAGAGGAACACGAUACUGAUUUACCAAGGAGCUGAAGAGGUGGCGUCACUGUUCACGAUGUGGCAGAAGAAGACGGGAGCAGCGCAGCGGCGAGCAGGAAGCAUGGAUCACCAUGGGAUGUGAUCCGUUUGGGCGUAGGAGAAUGUCACAGAGGCGGGUGCCUAUCACCCCUUCUUCCUCUUCAAGGAACGGAUGGGUGUUUGUUGAAGAGGUGCCCCAUGUUUUGGAACGCCUCCCCUGCCCCUCUCUCCCCCCUCCCCGCCCCCCCCCACAGCUGCACAUGUGAUCAUAUUGUGGAUGUUAAAGGUCUACAAUGGCUUCAUACUUGGGGGCUGAAAGCGUGGAAUGAAGUAGGUGGCUAAACUAACAACUGUCACCCUUGCCACCCUAUGUGCACAUACGCCCCUGGGUGGGGUUGAGGAUGGAUAGUGUCAUGCCCCUGUCUCCACCACUGGGGCGGCGCUCAUAACCGCUGCAACACUGACUUCCUGUCUCUGACUUCCUGUACGGACCCUCUCUCAAGUGCGCCCUGAGAGUACUGCCGGUAAAACAUCACUGUGUGUUUGAUUAUUCCAAAAAAGAAUUUUUGGCACUUUUUAUUUUAAAAGCCAUAAUAACUUUGUUAAGAGAAUAUAUAUAUCAGAGUAAUGAAACACAACAUUUUAUCCUGGUCGUCUUUUGUUUCUCAUUCAGACACGCACAGCGUAUCAAAGGCUCACCAUGCAUCACCGUCAGCAUGGCCUCAUUCAUAAGGAACCGCCCUGCAAUGCAGAUUUUUUCACCACACAUUUUAUUAUAUUAAAAGUUACAUUUUCCUGCACUGUCUGCUUCAGUGUGGGCAGUGUUAAGCUUUUUUGUGUUCAGGGAUACUGUUAAAAUUUCCACCACUCCAAGUUUCAUCCAAUACCAACAAGUGCUGCUGUCACAGGCUGUUUUGACAAUUGCUACUUUAGCUAUGUUUCCCAUAGUGCCUCGCUGCCACCAAAUCCGAGGGCGCAGUGUGACAUGCAUGUGAAGAUGUCACACGCACGCAUCAGUGCCAUUAGGAAUAAUAAUUUGAGCUGUCAGAUUACUGGCAGGGGGGAGGGGAGGAACAGGGUGUUUACUUUUUACCCUUAAUUUUACGAGUAAAGGGGCAGCGACCCCUCUGGUCUCUGCCAGCCUCACCUGUAAGCUCAACCAGCGCGUUUGAUUGGAAUAGAGGAACUGGAGAGUGGUGGUCGGCAGUGUUUUCUGUGUGUGUGUGGCUAACCGGGAUGUGAUAUCGAGAGCGCAGUGUUCCAGAUAACAGGGGUCUCUGAUGAAAUGGAAACCCCCCCCCCCACUUCAUCCCACUGUUGUAAAAGUAAAGUUAAAUCAACAUCAAAUUAAAAUGCAUUAGAUUAAUCAGAAGGCUUUCGCAAACAUUGAAGCCGUGACUUUUCCGAUAUCCAGAUGAAUUUCGCUAAAAGGAGAUGAAGUUAUGCAUUCGUAUGCUAAAUAGAUUUAUGAAUUUUUAGAUUAAAUAGGUUUGGGGGGGGGUAGGUUUAUUUAAAAUGCACAGAGGAAUUUCUGUAGUGGCAUAAUGAGGAAUCUGUGAUGAGAAUUCUGAGUGGCCUUGCCGUUGGUCUUCUAGAAGGGAAGCCGUUCAGCUAAAUGCACAUCUUUUAGUGCCGGAGUGGGAUCUGCGCUGGCAGGUGUCUGCAAUGUUGCAAGUUUGGUCCUUGUCUUCAUUGUCCCAGCGACAUGCUCGCUGGACACCCCCGGCAGCUAGAGGGCGCUCCAUAUUCAUUCUGCCUGUUCAUAUUUCUGUGCAUGUCACCAAAGCUCUGUUUGUGCUCUGAGGAAGGCUGUCAGAUCAGCUUGGCACCGCUUCCGGAAUAUGGAAACUCCGUCCUCUCUCCCAUGUCCCAGUUCAUGCAGAUGUGGCCUUUAAACGCACAGCAACAAACUCAGCUGGUUUGUCAGAGCCUUUCGUUUCCGUUUGGAAGGAGGUAUAAACAUGAAGCAGUUUGGGAAAUACGAGAUUGGUGACUCUGCAUUUAUGCAUGUUGGGAGGGAGUACAGGUGCAUGUUGAGGGUGUGAGAAAGUGUGUGGCCCUUUGUCUUCUUGCUCCUAAUGCAUUCUGAAAUGAACCCCUUUUUAGCCCAAACAGCUGUCAGUUGGCCCCAGCCUGCUGGGGAGGGACGUUCACCAGUUCCAAUUGGUCAGAGGGAGAACGUUCUCCUGCCUCACUGACAUUUCCAUCACUCAGUCACGUUUUCAUUCAUUUUUCCUUUUUUCUUCCUUUUUCUAAAUGAGAAUAUAUCAAAAUAUAGGGAUUUAUUCUAAAGCGGGUGUUGCAUGAAUGUAUGUUUACAUGGGGAAAAAAAUUAUUUAGAAAAACCUAAUAGAGUUACCAAAUUGAUUUAGGAGCAUUUCUCUGCAGAAAGAUGGACUCGUGUGUGUGGGGCAUCGACUGGGGCUGCUUCACAAUACACCAGCACAGCGUCCCAGGCAAAGCUGGCUGCCUCUUAGCAGACUCCCUCCACUCUGCAUAAGGGUUGUUGGGGUAAAGUGGGGCCAGCCUGUCCAGUUCUGUCCUCCCUUCUUCGUCCAUCUGUCCGUCUGUCUGUGGGCAUGGACGCCUCUGAGUCCUGGGAUUCAGAUGCUAAGCUCCUUCAGAGAGCAUGCAGUACAAACCAAGGUGUGCACGUCCGUCCGUCCCCCCCCCCCCCCCCCCCCCCCAGUUUCUUUUACCAUCCUAUUAUCAUCCUUUUAAAGCCCCUUUUUAGUUGAGGUUUCUUGUUUUAAGCUUUGGUGUGUGCAUCAUUUUAAAGUCGAAUCCUGUUUACGUGCACAAAGAUGAUAAAACGAAAAAGCGAACGAAGCAGGAUGUAAGGUUUCAUCGUUUGCUUUUCGUUGGGAUCCCCGUUCCAUUUCUUCUGUUGGCAUUGGAUGCUGUAAUGUUUAUUGAGAUGAAAAACAGAAUUUAAACAAUGUAAAAUCCUGUAUCAUUUAUGAAAUAUGUAUAAAAGAGAAAUGUAAUUCAGUUAUCAAUAAAAUACUUAUCCAGUUUUUGGAA